AUGGUUGCCUAUGCCCUCAUUGUAGGUACAGUACAAACAGCAUUGAAAGGGAUCGCCGGAGACCUGAAGAAAGCUGAGGAGACGUUAUCGGUUUAUCGGAACAGAAGUAAAAUAUAUGUUCUGAUCAAUUGCCGAACACUUUAUGAAGCUCUGCGGGAGUGCUCUGUAGCCAUAGGAGGAUGGUUGGCUUUGCUGGAUUCGACUCUUCAGGACAAUCCGGAUCUCCAUAAGAAGACUGUUGAUCUCUCAAGAGAUAUGAAGCAGCCCCAGUUCAGAGUAACGGAGAAUGAAGCGAGGGUUUAUUGUACUCUACAGAGAGAGGGGCAAGUUAGGCCAACCACUAAAGCAGUCCAGAGCGCCAUAAUCAUGGACUUGGCUCGAGCUCUGGGGACUGACUCUGAGAACCACGCCGAACUGGCAGAGCAAAUCAAGAUCUUGAAGAAGGACCUCGUCCGCUCCAAUUCUAUUUCAGAGAGGCGGAUUUUGAUGUCACUUGAGAAAACUUUUAAUAGCUGGUCGGUUGAACCUAACAUCGCCUCUCGAAGCUUGGAUUUUGAGAUUGAAGAGGACACACACAUUUCACCGUUCAAGAACUUCAUCUGCCCCUUGACCAAGGAGGUCAUGAAGGACCCUGUUGUACUGGAAUCUUCUCAGACUUAUGAGCGCACUGCAAUUGAGCACUGGUUUGAGAGGUGUAUAGAGGACGGUCGUGAUCCCACUUGCCCAGUUACUGGACAGAUGCUCAAGUCUUUGGAACAGAAGCCAAACAUUAGCCUCGCUGGAGCAAUUGAGGAGUGGCUUAAUAGGAAUAUUGAUAGUCAGAUUAAGUCUGCUGUGCAGUAUCUUAGUGAGGAUUCUCCGCCCUCAGCAGAAUGCAUUGAACGAGUCUUGGAUAACAUAUAUUUGAUAUGUGAGGAGCAUCCAUCAAGCAGAUACAGAGUAAGGAAUGCAGGGAUUGUUGUUCUCAUUGUUAGGUUGCUGAAGAACAGUCAUAAGAGUAUUGGAUCGCAUUUGAGAAGUAAAGCUCUAAUGGCGUUGCUUAGCAUGUCUAUUGACGAGGAAAGCAAGGAAGAAAUGCUUGAAGAAGGGACUACUAGGUUGGCUAUACAUAGUCUUAUUGGGAGCUCAGAGAAAGAGAAAGAGUAUGCUGUGAAGUUAUUACUUGAAUUCUCCAGUGAUGAAGCUUAUUGUGCAAAAAUGACAUCGGAGAAAGGAGCUCUGGUUCUUCUCUCCAGCAUGGCUGGAAAUCUGGAGUACCCUGCAAUAUCUAACAUAGCAGAGGAGAUCUUAAAGCGGAUGGAAAAGGUGGAGGAAAAUGUUCAGCAUUUAGCAGCAGCAGGAAGAUUUGAGCCUUUACUUACUCGACUAUGUCAUGGUACCAGUGAUGUUAGAAUGGAGAUGGCAUCAUUGGUGGGGAGGAUGACUUUGACAAAUAGUGGUAAAGAACAAAUUGCAAGGCAAGGCGCUAAGAUAUUUGUUGAGAUGCUAUUAAAGCCAGAGGAAAGAACACCAAGCUUGAAAGCAUUGUAUAAUUUAUCGACCUUGGAUGAUAACGCUACUAUCCUCGUUGAUUCUGCAGUAUUUCCUGCUCUUACUCAGAUUCUUUUUGGAGAUGCGCCAUCAGAUUUGAAAGAAUUGGCAGCAUUGACAUUAGCAAAUGUAGUCUCACAACCUGGACACUGGGAAUUAGCAUCUGCUGACAAAGAUGGAGAGUCAAUGCAGUCAGAAACCAUUGUCUGUAGUCUUUUGGGGCUUCUAUCUGUUGGAUCCCCAAAAUGUCAAGUUGCAAUUCUCCAGAUCCUUAACGGAAUUGCAUCCUCUCCUCAAGCAUCAGAGUCUGUGGCUGCUCAUAUAAAAUCAGGUAAUGGCAUCGCGGCUAUUAUACCAUUUCUUGAACACCCAGAAGUUGGCCAUAGGAUUUAUGCUUGCAGGCUGACAAGAAUACUCUCUGAAAGGGUGGGUUCAGUUCUAGCUAAUGAGCUGAAACGUUCCAACAAGCUUCAGUUGUUCAAAGACAAGCUUUUGGACAACCAGUGCAAUGAUGCAGAGAGAUCAGAGGCAGCAUGUGUACUUGCUAACCUUCCCCUCUCAGAUGACGAGGUUAAAACAGUAUUGGGACCUGGUCUUGUGAGAUGGGCCGUCACUGCUCUCAAAGAGCAGUGUCAUCUCUCUAGCGGGAGGACCUCUCGGCCCGCAUCAAGCAUGAUGGAAGGGUUUCUUGGCCUUCUGCUGCAUUAUGCAAGAAGCCAUGAUCCAGCAAUCCUGAAUAUGGUUAGAGAGUAUCGACUUUUGACCAUAUUCUGUGAGCAGCUUGGCUACCCAUCACAGCCAAGGGUGAAGCAGAGAGCUGCCCUUGGGUUGAAGUACUUGUCUGAGUCUGGAAGGAUACUUGCGGCAGCCAGUGAUUUGGAACCUCCACCUCCCAAUGGGUUCUGUUUAUGUUUGACAUCCAUUUCUGGAAGAGGACCUAAGAUCCCUGCAGAGUGCCCGAUUCACAAUGCCCUAUGUGCGGAGGACAGUCAGUUUUGCUUGCUCAAGGGAAAUUGCAUCAAGCCCCUAUUAGAUACUCUGGCAGAUGAAGAUACCAAUGUUCAGAUUGCAGCAGUGGAAGCUCUUUCCACCCUUGUAUCAGAUAAUCCAUAUUAUCUCAAGAGGGCAAUUGAUGAACUUGAACAGCUAAGUGUCAUUGAUGCUGUGAUCACUUUGUUCACAGAGGUCCGACCAGGGGAGCUUCAAGAAAGGACAAUUUGGAUGGUAGAGAGGGCCUUGAGAGUAGACAGUCACACCCAGCGACACUCGCUCAAUCAAGCUCUUAUCCGGGCUUUGGUGGAAGCCUUCAAGCAUGGUAAUGCCAAUGCAAAGAGGCAUGCUCAGGAAGCUCUAACCAACUUAAAGCAGAUAUCCGGGGUCAGUGGAAAGAACUCGAAUCAAUCUCGAGGAUGCAGAUGAGGUACCUACCAUUGAUAAAGAUGCACUGAUCUGCUGUAUCCAUGUUGUAUUAUUCCAAUUGAUUUAAAAUCAUUACCAUGUAUAAAAUAAAGUUUUGAUGCUUAAUUUUUCAGUUGUUGUGAAUAAGGGUGUUAAUUGGUUCGGUUUCAGUGUAGAAGGUUCGAUUCGAUUUGGUGCAAGAUUUUUUAGGUAAAA